AUGGGGAUUUGCUACACAGUGAUGGUUUUAAAUAUGAUAUUUAUUCAAGUGCAAGGCAUUCAACAGGAGUGUAAAGAUUGUGGUUGCUGUAAACAAGUAAAAGAUGUAUGUUAUUACCCUGUUGGCUGCAUUAACGGAUGUAUAGAUGGAUAUUGGGGUGUUUGGUGUUAUAACAAAUGUCAGAACCUCAGCUGUAAAACAUGUGAUCGUGAUGAUGGCUUCAACUGUUAUGAGUGUAAGACAGGUUUUUAUGACAAGGAUUGUGGAUCCUCAUGUUCACCUAACUGUAAAGGAUGUCGAAGGAACGAUGGUCAGUGUAAUUCUUGUGUGAAUGGAUACUGGGGAAAGUUUUGCAACAAUCAAUGUGGAUAUCAGUGUAAAACGUGUUCCCGAUUAGAAGGCUGCAUUCCAAAGGAGUGUCAAGAUUGUGGUUGCUGUAAACAAGUGAAAGAAAUAUGUUAUCACCCUGGUGGCUGCACUAACGGAUGUAUAGAUGGAUAUUGGGGUGUUUGGUGUUAUAACAAAUGUCAGAACCUCAACUGUAAAACAUGUGAUCGUGAUGAUGGCUUCAACUGUUAUGAGUGUAAGACAGGUUUUUAUGACAAGGAUUGUGGAUCCUCAUGUUCACCUAACUGUAAAGGAUGUCAAAUGCGCGAUGGGUGCCAAGGGAGUAUUUGCAGGAAGAAUGAUGGAUCGUGUUUAAAUUGCAAGCCUGGGUAUUUUGGACAACACUGUAAUAAACCUUGCCCGGAAUUUUGUCAAUCGUGUGAACAAAACGGUCUGUGUUCCACAUGCAAACCCGGAUAUUUAAACACAAACAAACGGUGUACAUGUAGAACAAACAUUUGCGACAAUUCGGUAAAUUGCAAUCCAACAACAGAACACUUUGUUCUGAAACAACUGGACAGUGUUUAUUCGGCUGCGUUCCUGGAUACAAGGGAACAUUCUGUCCUUCGGGUGAAGAACAGACAAUAUCCUCAGCAGUACUUGGAAGGGUUCUCGAUGGAGGAAUUGCAGGGUUCAUAA